AUGGCCGUCAACACGGAAAUUGCCCAGGUGAACCUGCACCACGCGGCGGCAGCCUCGGCUGUCAUAGCGAACAGGUUCACAGUGGAGAAGCUGGGCAUACUGCUGAUCCAAGAGCCUUGGGUCCAUAGAGGAGAGGUUAAAGGCCUCAAAACGGAGUCAAAUAAGGUAAUCUGGGAUCUCUCUAGCGAUAGACCCAGAACAUGCAUAGUUGUCAGGAAUAACAUUGAAGUCUUUUGUAUUUCUGAGUUCCUGACGCAGGAUCUUUUGGCGGUGCAAGCCAGGGACUUCGAAGGCAAGGACUUCGUCCUGGCUUCAGCCUACUUCCCAGGGGAGGUACCCACGGCACCCCCGGAGAUGGUGGAAAGGCUGGUGGAGCAUUGCAGAAGGCAUAGGCUUCCCCUUAUUAUUGGGUGCAACGCAAACGCCCACCAUGUGGAAUGGGGCAGUACCAACUGCAACUCAAGAGGUGAGUCCCUUUAA